AUGACAAGAAAAGGGAAAGGUUCAAAAGAUGAUAGUGAUCCGAGUCAAAAGAAUGCAGGGGUAAAUUGGUCUCUCCUUAUCUCUUGCUCUGGCCACCCAUCAAUUUCUCUCUUAUUAUGGCCACCCCUAUCUCUCUCUCUCUCUCUCUCUCUCUCUCUCUCUCACCCAUAUCUUACCGUGUCCUCCUUCUCCUCCAUGGGUGAGUACGCCGGCGGGUCCAUUAAGAGAUGGUGGGACUGGGGCUGGACUUGGGUCCUCUCCAGAAAGCCCAUCUUCGCUCAGGAUCUGGAGAUGAACGAGGAGGAGACCAAGAUUCUCGGCUCAGACAACAGAUGCAGCUGGCGACAUGUCUUCUUCAAAGUCCGGUCCGAGCUCCAGAAGCUCGUGAGCUCCUACAACGUCACCACUCUUCCUCAAACUUACAAGCCCUACAACUCGUUGAACUACCCCAAGACGAAGAAGUGAAGAUCGGAAGUGCGAGAAUAAGGUUGCUAUGUUCUUGUUCGGAAAUCCAGAAUGAAUGAAGAAGGUUGAUUAUAUGAUUGUAAUUAGAUGAUAUCUUUUCUUGUUCUAUUAUGUGUCUGUGGGGACUGCUUGUUAUAGAACUACUUGCUGCUUUGGUCGUUGCUCAUCGGAUCGAAAUCCUCUUGGAUUCUCUGCAAUUUUUUCUGUCGGUGCGGGAUUCUCUGCAAUUUUUUCUGUCGGCGCCGGUGAUGAUCCAACCGAAGGAAAUUGCAAGGUUUUGUUGGUGCUUAUUAUCAUCUUCUUAAUUAGAUUUAGACAGCAUUUCAUUCAUUAGUAAAUACCGAUUUAUUAUGAUUGUUAUUAUUUUUAAUUUUUUUGGAUUAAAGGCAAUUACUUUCCCAUUAUUAAUUUGUAUCAAAUAUUAUGUGCUAGUUUUUCUAGUGAUUAUGGAAUAUUUAUUAGCUGCUCUUUCAUUCUUCCUGGAGAUCUUGCUUCCAGUCCACAUUUCUGAAUAUAUAUACAUGUUCUUAUUGCGGUGGUA